AUGGUUGAGAGUCGCAAGUCCACUGAGGCAGACGAGGUGUUUGAGUUUCUGGACUCGUUGCCUGAGGACAAGAAAGGUGCUGAGGGUAAGAGCAAGGCCAAGGGUGCCGGGAAGAAAGAUGAGGAGGAUGUGUUUGAGUUUCUAGAAGAGUUGGAGAAGAGUAAGAUGGAUCUUGGUGCGAAGAAGGGGAAGAAAGUGGCCGAGACCAAGAAGCUGGAUCCACAAGAGUCGAAUGAUGGCAAAGCCAAAUCGGAAACGAAACAAGAGGCGCCAGCGGUGAAGAAAGAUACUGAGGAGAAAAGUGAAGAGGCUAGUAAUGCUAAGGUUGAGGCUAAUGAGGAAACGAGCAAACAAGGCACUAAUCCAGAUCCUAUCGCGUCUAUAUCCAGUUGGUGGUCCUCUGCUGGGUCUGCAACGGUGUCGAGUUUGUGGUCUAAGACCACUGAGCAUGCCUCUCAGAUAAAAAAUAGGAUACAGCAAGAGCAAUUGGACAUUACUUCCAAGCUUAACACACAGACCAUCACUGACCUGGCCAGAAAUAUUCAAAAGAUAGUUGUUGGUGAAACUGAUGAAGUACUAAGGAUUCACCUGGUGCACGAUCUUGUGAAGUUUCCUUCCUUACAAUACCAUAUUGAGAAUAGAUUUGACCAGGUUAUGAGCUCCCAAGUGGAAGGUGGAAUAAGAAUAUUUGUCGAUGAAUGGGGGCGUCCAAACAGAUCCAACUCCAUUAGCACAGUGGUUGACCCUGAAAAGAGGGAACAUGAAGAGAAGGAUGCUAUUGAGCCAAAAAUAAAGCUGAAUCUAUUUAGCGGUAAAGUUAGCGAUGGUGAGAAGCUGGCAUUUGCGAACAUUGACAACUCAAUCAAGCUUUUCAACAAGGCACACGAUGAAUACAUAAGACAACAGAAGGAAGCUGAGGGUGAAAGCGAAGAAGGCUCCUCUGCUGAAAAGAGUGAAAACAGAAUUAGUGACAUAUUUGUGUCGAUUCUACCUGUUGCUAUCCCAGACAAAAACGACAGCACGAAGGAGGAUAUGAUCGUAACAGAUCCACAUCAUGCCGGAAACUUCAGCUUCACCGUUGUAUUAAAGGAUAUAUCAAAUGAUAUAACCGCAAUUACAAGAUCCCAAGCUUUCCCAACAAGCUGGGUUGAGUGGUUAGAAGGCGAGACUAAGAAGAACAAAGAAUCUAAGAAGGGCGAUGACAACGAGGACGAGGAGGAUGACAUCGUUGACCCAGGUGAAUGGGUCAAGGACUGGAUUGAGGAUGGUUUGAGUCUAUCUCUGGGUAUUCUAGCUCAAACAUAUGUGAUCAAGAGAAUGGGCUUAUAA